AUGGGUGGCGAUAAAGACACGGUCAAGUCCUCUGACGCGCCAGACACCAGCCAGCAGUCGGCCAACAAAGGCAGCCCCAAGGAUGAGGCCAAGGACAAGCAACACGCCCCCGAGUCGAGCGACAGCGAGCCCGAAGGCGGGUACGACUCGACGCAGCUGACGCCGUCCAAAGACAAGACGUACGUCGUGCGCAUCGUCUUUCACUCGGCGUCCAACCUGCCCAUUGCGGACGUGGGCCAGCUCUCGUCCGACCCGUACGUGCUCGCGCAGCUCGCAGCCAACGGCGACGAGGGGACGCGCUACGGCAAGCGGCACAAGGACGACCCGUUCCUGCGCUUCCGGAGCCCAACGGCACACAGCACGACCGAGCCCCGCUGGGAGGCGGAGUGGGUCGUCGCUGGCGUCCCGGCGUCGGGGUUCCUCCUCACGGCGCGCGUGUACGACGAGGACGUGGGCUCGAAGGACGACCGGCUCGGCAAGGUCGUGCUGUCGUCUGGCGCGCUCGAGGACGGGUGGCGCUGCGACGCGCGAGACUGGGAGCUGAAGAAGCGCGGCGCGUCGACCCGCGCAUGGGGCCUGCACGCUGUCCGCAAGCUGCACCCCGCCAACCGGGACAAGGACCCCACGCUGCACAUCUCGGCCGAGGUGCUCGGCACGACCGAGGACGAGUGCGGCAAGAUGUACUCGCUCACCUCGCGGUGGUUUAUCCACUACUCACCGCUGAUCGGGGCCAUGGUCGGCACGACCAGCACGCAGGAAGGAACGGAAAAGGCCAACUUCCAGGCCAACGAGCUACAGCUCCGCGGGCCGGUCCCGAACGAGCUGUACCACCGCUACGUCGAGUUCAAGUCAUUCAUCAAGGCGAUGUUCGACGAGCGCGGGCUGCAUGGCGCGAUGAUGGGUGGUGCGAUGCGGAAGCAGCACCGCCGUGUGUAUCACUACGACAAGACGACAGAGUAUGGUCGCCUGCCCGGCCCGGGUAAGGCGAUGGCCCAGCGCUUCCUCGACAUGGCACACUGGGGCGAGGGACACCGGAUCUUCACAUUCGUGAUCACGCUCGACGGCCUCAUGCGGUUCACCGAGACGGGCAAGGAGUUUGGCAUCGACAUGCUCAGCAAGCACGCGAUGCACUCAGAGAUCGACAGCUACAUUGCGUACUCGGGCGAGUUCUUUGUGCGCAAGUAUCGGAGCGGCGAUGGGGCAGCGGCGUCCGGUUCAGGCGCAACAGGGCAGGCUGCCGCUGGGGACAGCGCAUCGGCCGGUAAAGACGGCAACCUCGACUACGAUGCCCCAAGCCAUAGCAUGCUACGUUCGCCAAAGGAUGUGGACGAUGAGGACGGCGUCGUCGAGGCCCACGACCACAACCUAGUGUUCCAACAGGGCAAGAAGGGCGGGGAUAGCACUCGUGGAGCGGAUGCGCACAACGCGGAUGCGCACAAAGCGGAUGCGCACACCGCGGAUGGCCCUGGCGCGUCUUCUGCUGGAGACACCGCCCCCGAUGUCGGCCAGUUGUCACUUGGGCCAGCAGCGGGAACAGGCGGCACCACGUCAGAGUCUGAGGCGACUCGCCACGCAGCAGACCAGCCCAAGGCGCCAGAAGAGCCAGGGUCCACCGGCGAGACCAAUGAGAAGAGACCCGUCGAGACCACGCACCUCCACGGGCGGGAGGAGGACGGCGAGUCGCUCGACCCUACAGCGUACGAACUGGUCAUCGACAACGACAGCGGCACCUACCGCCCGAACAAGGACCUGCUUCCCCUGCUACAAGCGUUCCUUGCGAGCAACUUUGUCGGGCUGCACGUGACCGUGAAGUCAAGCGACGACGACACAUACCAGGAGGAGAAGAAGGAGCGGCACGAGGCGCGCAACGAGGCGUCCGGCGGGGUGCGGUACUAUGAGAGCGAGGGCGAUCUCAGCUCGGCCGCGAGCGAUGCCGAGUCCCAAGAUGACCCGGACGAUGUGCAGCCGUUCCGUGGGACGAGGGAGAAGGCUUGGGACGUCCUCGUUGACCCCAAGGCGCCCGUCAAGGAGAAGAAGGAGAAGAUCAAGGAUAAGGUCCGCCAGCUGUUCAAGAGGGACAAGGGAGAUGAGGAGGAGUAGGAUGAGGAGGAGUAGGAUGUGCCCCUUGUGCAUGUAUUUUGAAUUCUUGG